GAUGCAGGAGCUGCGCGAGUGUUUCUGAGCAUGUGCAUGUGCUGCUGCUGCUGCUGCAGUGAAGUAAAAAUGGUCAAAUCUCAUCUAUGAGCAGAGAGUGUGUGCAGGAGGAGGAGGAGAAGAAGGAGAAGAAGGAGGAGAAGAAGCCGGGCACAGGGAGUAGAGGAGCAGAGGAGCAGCAGCGGGAGAACCGCAGGGGCAUCCGGGACAAUCAGAGCCGGUGUGGAGCGUGAUCAUCCGGGCUGUGAGCUGAGGGAAACACCGCAGAGCCUCAUCAUCAUCUGAAGACCUGCGUCUCAUUAACUCGGGAAGGAAAAUUUAAGUGGAGGAAGGAUGGUGACCUUGGAAACCCCCGAGGCGCCUGUGCCGCUGACGGCGCUGUCACGCUGGUACCUCUAUGCCAUCCAUGGCUACUUCUGUGAGGUCAUGUUCACCGCCGCCUGGGAGUUCGUCGUCAACCGCAACUGGAAGUUCCCCGGCGUGACCAGCGUGUGGGCGCUCUUCAUCUACGGCACGUGCAUCCUCAUCGUGGAGCGCAUGUACCUGGCGCUGCGCGGCCGCUGCCCCGUGCUGCUGCGCUGCAUCAUCUACACGCUGUGGACGUACCUGUGGGAGUUCGGCACGGGGCUGCUGCUGCGCCAGUUCGACGCCUGCCCCUGGGACUACUCGGAGUUCCGGUACAACUUCAUGGGCUUGAUCACGGCCGAGUACGCCGUCCCUUGGUUCUGCGCCUCCUUCAUCGUGGAGCGCUUGGUCAUCCGCAAGACACUGCGCCUGCGCUUCCAUGAGGGGCCCGAGGACGGCUGGUCAAACUACCGGUUAGAUGCUGGCGGCGGAGGAGGAGGAGCAGGGGGACCUUUGGGCAGGAGGAGAGAGAGGAGCAGAGGGAUGGAUAAUGAUGCCAAUGGCUAUCUUAAAGGAGAAUGAACCGACACCAGGAAGUGGAAAUACAAACAACACAAACAGACUGGUGUACAGAGGUGUACAGACUAUCAGAACAAACAAAAAACAAAACCUAAGUAGGGCUGUAAAUGCCCAUAUCACCCACUACUGUCCUCUAUUGUCAACAGAGGCACAAUACCUCCAUGCUGCUGUGUUCGCUGCAUCUCAUAACACACCCUCACAUGUGGGGUUGACCUGAAGGAGCUCAGGGUCUCAGAUGACCCCCAACCUCCCCCUCGACCCCACUGUCCCACUGACUGCAAAGAACUCUGGAUAUUCACAAACAAGUGUUUGCGUCCCCUCACAGGCCACUUUUUUAGGUACACGUGUGCGUUAAGUGAUCUUCUUCUGCUUAACUUGAUUGAAACAAGUGGUUAUUUGAGUUACAGUUGCCUUUUCUAUCAUUUAUAACCAGUCUGGUCUUUCUCCUCUGAUCUCUGAGAGCUGCUGCUCACCGGACACCUAAUCCCAAUAAUGCUCAGACGAGGACCACAUGCCGCAUUCAAAGUCACCUUUCUUCUCCAUACUGCUGUGUCAGCAUGUCCCUUCUUCCUCGGCGCACUGAGUCGCUGCCACGUGAUCGGCCGAUUAGAGAUCUGCGUUACCGAGCAGUGUGACAGAUGUACCUAUUAAGGUGGUCAGUGAGUGACGCGUCAUUCUGAAAACGUGGAUAAAACAAAAACAAAAGUAGCUCCAGUUAUAACGUGUCCCUUUUAGAAAUGUACAUACUGUCCUUUAGUAUUAUUCAAAGUACCAUAGUCGUGUAGCUGCAACUGUCCCGAAAAUAACACAAUGUCCACCCUGAAGCUUCUCUGCAGUUACGAAUGCCUGGAGAUGGGGGAAAAUGAAUGCAUGAAAUUAUAUCGUCUUCCACUGUAAUGAACAUUUUUAUGGAGCUCAUGCAGCAUUCAUACUGUAUGUCUUUUUUGUCGUCCGGAUGUUUUGUCAAAGUGUCUUUGAGAAAGACACCGGGCCCAGAGCGGCUCCAGGCGAACAGGCCAUGGCCGUGCACGGCAGCUUCUCCACACUGCACGGUCCAUUCAUUGGAACAGCAGGGACGCAUUAACGCGCUAAUAAUUCUGAGUCAUCGGCAGUAAUCACCACACCUCCUGCUAUUUUCCUUUAUUUAUCUGUUGUUUUCUUUUUGUUGCUUUUCUCAUGACUCACUGUCUGCGUCCAAUUUAAUGCACGUGUCAGAUCUGCCAUUCAAGCCUCGUUUCCUAAUCCUCCUUCACUUAAUUCCCUUUCACCUUUUGAACCCUCACAGUUCACCUGUCAGUCCUGUUUGUUUUUCUUGUGCUCUGACAGGAAACUCUCUCACAUGCAACAAAGAUUAAUUUAUUUAUUUAUUCAUUAAUUUAUUUAUUUAAUUAUAAAAAAAAAGGGGAAAAAACUACUGCUGUGGAAGUGCAACAGCAACCAGGACCUGAAAUGGAGUAUGUAGAGCCAAACUUGAAGAUGUACACUUUCACCUGUCUUCAUUAAUUUGGACGGCAGUAUUUCGGCGAGAGCGGCGAGAAAUACUCUUGAAAUAACGAGUACAUGAAUAUACUGCUCGGUUCUUCCCCCCCCCCACAUUCGUGAUUUGUGUAGUGUGUUCAGUUUCCUUAUUAAUAAUCACCUUUUGUGGCGUUUUACUGGACUUUGACCCCCCCCAGUGUGUGUGUGCAGAUACAAGUAAGUCGUGUAGGCUGUAUUCAGGAUGCAAACAAUCCAUAGCAAGUGUUUAACCACAGUAAUAUAAUAUUGGAGACCUGUACACGUAUUUUCAUGCACACAGUAAUGUCGAUAUGUGAUGUUUGGGGGCGGAUCUGGUGCUACUGCUUUAAGUAUAAAACCCAUUGAACACUUCACUCUUCACAGUUGUUUCCAGUGCGUCAGGAAAUGAGACGGAAAUAGACGAACACGAGUCAUUUUAAUGUGAACUCGGCAUUUCAACUCUUGGAGAAACUGAAAACAAACGUUUAAAAUAUCCGGUGUGACCUUCAUCAGUGUGACUGCAAAGCCAUGAAGCGUUUCCCUCCACUGCUGCUGCUGAGGUGGAAUGACAGGACGAUCAAAGAUUGAGUGCUGCCAUCCUGUGGACAAACCCUCAAACUGCAGCUGGAAACCUGUGAGAAGUAAGAAGUGUGUACACAAACACAUCAAGGUUAAAAAUCUGUGUAAGGAUCAAGAAAAAAAAAAAGGGGGGGGUUGUUUAUUUUGUUGCCUCACCUGUCUGAUUGAUUUUAAAUGUUUAGUUUUUAAUGCAUACAUGACCAAACAGGCUUAAAAGCAAUAGCGGUUUCUGACCCAACAAUAAUUAACCCACGGCUCAAGGCAUUAACUUUUACUACAAUUUAAAAUGAUAUGCUAUGAGAAAUGAUAUGCAGCUAAUAUCUUAAUCCAAUUCUACUGCUGUGGCUUAAAGUAAAAAAAACAAACAAACAAACAUGCAAAAUGAAGUGUAUGUUCUCUGCGAUAGUGAAUGGAGGAGUAUUAAAUGAUUGUGUGUUGCACAGAGACACGUCUCUGUCCGUGUAUGUGCAUGUCGAGUAUGCUGAAACUGAAAUGAAUCAAUAAGGCUGCAUGUCCAACGUUUUUCAAUUUCCCCUCCAAACUCUGACUUUACCCAAAGUAGUCGUAUGUCCCCAUAUUAUUGUAAUGAUUGCUCAUUUUUAAAUGAAAAUGUACAGGUUUUUAGUGAAGCCACUGUACUGUAUAUCACUCACUUUGAUUAUGUCCAUGUAUGAUUUAUCAGACUUUGGAAUUAAAUGUAUUUAUUUGAAGAUAAAAGCUGUGUUUUGGAGACAUUUCUGUUGUGUUGUCAAUAGCCUAUGCAGAUAAAUAUGGAUUUAACCAAAAUCACAGUGAUAACAUAUUCACAUGACGGAAGAGGAAAAUAAUUCUGAAAAAAAAAGAAAAGAAUUCUGAGAUUAAAGUCUGACUUCUGAGAUUAAA